GGCAACACUAGUCGCUCGUUGCCCUACAGCGGCAACUAGCCUUACCAAGCAGAUGAUUUAUCACGGUUUUCUGUAUACUGGGAGCGGGUAAUGUGCACAAUACAGAGGAAUAACUUGAUUCAAGCCAGCAAUACGUUUAAUCUGUUAAAAUUCAAAUGCUGGCUAGAGUUAGCGAGGUAACAUUUAAGCAGGUAACUGCUAACAGCUGUUAGCAGUGCUAGCAGUUCUGACAUGAGCUUCAAAUAUCCGAAACUAGUUUCUAUUUAGUCCACAAAACUUUUUCAUUACCACAUUGUCUAAAUCUCUACAAGGUUCUACUUUGUGGUUCAAAAUGGACAAGUUUGUUGUUCGGCUCCCUAAAAGUGAAACUCUUCAAAAAGCGAAGAGCGACGAGAAGGUUUAUAAACAAACUACAAUAGAAUCUUUACGGAGAGUGGUUGUGAUUGAGGACAUUAUGCGCUACAAGUCCAUGUUGGAGCUGCCAGAACAGAACAAGGACAACCUGCUGACUGCCUUGACCGAGCUGAGCAAGAAGAUCCCAUCCAGAGAGGUGCUCAAGUCCACAAAGAUAGGUCACACAGUCAAUAAAAUGCGAAAGCAUCUGGACCCUGAGGUGAGUUCAAUGGCAGCAAAGGUUUACACUGACUGGAGGACAUUCAUUGAGGAGAAUUCAAAUAAGCCAUCUAUUGAAGUGCGCUCCGACAAACAGUCAGAAGCACUCAGGAGCAACGCGAGAAGACUCAUGUGUGAAGCCCUGGAGGUCAAGGAGGAUUCUGCUCUAAUAGACAACAUAGAGAGAGAGGUGUUUCACCAGAGCUCCCGGUUAGUCAGCUCUUCAUACAGGCGGACUGUUCGAACGCUGGUGUUUGCCUUCAAACACAACCCUGACAUCAGAACUCAAGUGAAGGACAACACAAUGUCAGUCAACCAGCUGGUUUCUAAAUACAAAAAGUAGCUUAUGAUAAAUUAGGCUUAGUCUUGGACUGCACAUUGAAGGCUGUUUUGAGCAAGUUUUUUGGGGGCACAAACAUUUUAUUAUUUUUUAAAUAUUUUAGUGAUUUUCUGUAAAUACCAUACAAAAUACAUUUGUGGCACAUCAGUAUCCCUCCACUUAUUUUUAACUGCACAUUAAUUGCUGAUAUCAUUUUUAUAAUGGAAUCGUAUGAUAUUUUUUUGUCAGUAUUUUUUAUGGUGUCUGAACCUUUCAUAUAAAAAAUGAUUUAAAAAAUGACAAUUUCA